GUGAAUGUCCCUUAUAUUGUUGUCAGCUUAAAAAUUAAAAAGAGAGAAGCUUUGAGUAAAGAAAGACACAGUGUAUCAGUCUCUGUAUGUACUUUCACAAGCUUCCAAGCUCUCUCUCUUAUCACUGUACUCUUUCAAAAUAAUGCUCUCUGAUAUAAUAACACAAUCUACCAAUAUCUUCUUUUUUCAUCACUCCCUUUUAGGAUUUAUUGGUCUCGAGAUUUGAGUUUUUAAGACUAGACAGUGAAACAAAGCAAAGCUACGAUUUUUAAGUUUCUCUCUCUAGAUGGAUUACGAACGAAUCGGAAAGACCCAGGAUACUACUAAUAGCGGCGGCGGGUUUUCACCGGGAAAGUUAAGGAGUAUGCUUCUUCUGGGUGUUGAUAGAAAGAAGAAAGAAGAAGAAGAAGAAGAAGACUCUACUCCUCCUACAAUGAGAUCUGGGUCUAAUCAUAUUGAUGACCCUAGGGUUUAUGUUGCUAGUGGUUUAGAUGAUUGUAAAGAUGUUGAUGUUGUGAGUGAGAUUGCUGAUUGUUCUACUUCAGGGAUGGCUCGAGCUGUUAGUUUGGGUCUUCAAGAGUAUCCGAGUCUUGAUUAUGAUAAUGUGAAUGAGAUUAAGAGUGUUCCUGCUGCAUCAUCUGUCUUUGAGUUUCAAAAGUCUGAAAAGGAAAAGGUUCCUCAAAGAAUGCCUAUUAGAUCAUUCUCUAAACCGGCCCCAUCUAAAUGGGAUGAUGCUCAGAAAUGGAUUGCUAGUCCAACAGCUAACCGACCAAAGACUGGAGGACAGGUUCAGGUUCCGGGUUCGAGGAAAGGGCCUAGCUUUGGUCGCCAGUCUUCUAUGAAGAUUGUUGAAGUUGCUGAUCAAAGAGCGGUUGAAGAACCUGAUACAAAGCGGAUAGAUGUAAGCGAAGUGAGAAAGGAGACAGGACACAAGUUUGUUAGCUGGGAAGUCGAUGCAUACACAGCUGCGGAUUCAUAUGUGAAACCGGUUCUUAUGGUUGAGAAUUCUAUUGUAGGAUCAGUUACUGAAGUUAAUCUCAGUCGACAUGACUCGUCAGUUGCGACUGCGUUUGCUCAACCGCCUUCAACAGCAAGAUCUGUAUCGAUGAGAGACAUGGGGACCGAAAUGACUCCUAUAGCUAGCCAAGAACCUUCAAGAAACGGGACACCGAUCAGGGCAACAACGCCUAUCAGAAGUCCUAUAUCUUCUGAACCUUCAAGUCCAGGGCGACAAGCAUCAGCUUCUCCUAUGACUAAGAAGGAACUGUCAGAGAAAGAGCUUCAAAUGAAAACUAGGAGAGAGAUAAUGGUGUUGGGUACUCAACUUGGUAAAUUAAACAUUGCUGCUUGGGCUAGCAAAGAGGAUGAAGACAAAGACGCUUCCACAUCACUGAAGACCAAAGCUUCUCUACAAACUUCUAAAAGUGUUUCUGAAGCUCGUGCUACCGCCUGGGAGGAAGCAGAAAAGGCUAAGCACAUGGCUAGGUUCAGACGGGAAGAGAUGAAGAUUCAAGCAUGGGAGAAUCAUCAGAAGGCGAAAUCUGAAGCCGAGAUGAAGAAAACCGAGGUGGAAGUUGAGAGGAUUAAAGGACAAGCGCAAGACCGGUUGAUGAAGAAACUAGCUGCAAUCGAGCGCAAAGCAGAGGAGAAGCGAGCAGCGGCUGAAGCAAAGAAAGAUCGUCAGGCAGCUAAAACGGAGAAACAAGCUGAACAAAUCAGAAGAACAGGCAAAGUACCUUCAUUGUUGUUCUCUUGCUUUAGCUUUUGUUCUUAAUAACAUAUAAUCCAAUCCUUAAUAUGGAUGGUGUUGUUAAUUCUCAAGAACUCAUCUUUGUUAUCGUUUGUAUAAUAAAAAGCUGUUUAAAACUA